AUGGGCAAGAAGGAGAUUCCUGACCGCGCUGACCUCGUUGACUACAACCAUACCGUUGCUGGCCAUGCAGGAACAAUGUGUGAUGCCGAUGGCGAGCUAUUCAUCAAGCCCUGCACGCAGGCAGAAAUCGACUUCUACAACUCGGCCAUCGAGAACCACCCCGACUUCGCUGAUCUGAUGCCUCUGUUCAUGGGCACCCUCAUGCUCAACGACCCUGCCGAGCUCAGCUCCAUUGAGGACGGCGUCCCGGGCCCCGUCUCGUCGGCUGCCGCCAAGGAGGAACUCACUCAGGCCGUCACCGGGCAGCCUUCCACCGCCGCCCCAGAAUCGCAAACCGAUAAGGACAAGUGGGUGCAGAACAAGUCCAAGAGGAUCAAGACGGACCAGGCUGUUGUGCUCGAGAACUCCGGAUCUGGCUUCACCUCGCCCAACUUCCUCGAUGUCAAGCUGGGCGAGCGGCUCUGGGCCGACGACGCCCCCGCAGAGAAGAAGCGGAGAUUCGACGAAAUCACCCGCAAGACGACACAUGCCCCCCUGGGUUUCCGCAUCGCCGGCAUGAAGGUAUGGCGCGGCUCGACAAUGAAAUCGGAACUGGACCACGAGGGCUACAAGAUCUACGACAAGGACUACGGCCGUGUCCACGUAAACACCGAAAACGUCGUCGACAACUUUCGCAAAUUCAUCUUUAAUAAGACCGCCGGCAUCGACGACGACCUGGCCCGCGCCGUCGUUCAGGCCUUCCUCCGUGAUCUGCGCACCGUAGAGCGCGUCCUCGCCUCCAAAGAGAGCAGGAUGUACUCAGCCAGUCUCUUGUUCGUUUUUGAGGGCGAUGGCGACAGGUUGAAGGAUGCCAUCGCGCAGAACAACUCAGCCGUCGAAAAGGUCGGGGCCGAGCUUGAUUGGGACGACAAGCCUGGUAGACCUGCCCUGAGAGUCGAUAGUGGUAUCGAGCUGAUUGAUGAAGACGUCGUCACCAUCGACGCUGCCGUCAACGGGGGCGAUGAAGACGAUGAAGAUGACGACGAUGACACUCCUGCCUUGCCCAAGAUUUACUCGCUCAAGCUGAUUGACUUCGCUCACGCAAAAUGGACGCCCGGCCAGGGUCCCGACGAGAACGCGCUCAAGGGCGUGCGGAGUCUCAUCAAGAUUUUCGAGGAGAUGGCGCAAUAG